CAGAGAGGGAGGCUGCACACAAAUCUCUCACACACACACACACGGUCGUUCCUUCUGAGACCAAACACACACACUCGCUCACACACAGACACACACUCUGGAUCUCUUUCACUCAUAUAGUUUUAUUAUACACUUUUGAUUUGGAUUUUGCAUGUACAUUUUGAAUUGGUUUUCUUUUUUGCAUGUUUUCAUACAAUUAGUACAAUACACACAUUUGCCAAUAUGUGCCUUGUUCCAGUUGUCAUGCUGUUGGCUUUUCUGGGUUCCAGUUCCUGCAACCAGUUUCAGGCCAACCUAAACAUGGGGGGAGUCACGGGAUGGGUGCGGUUUGACUCCACUAAUCAGACGGCGACCGUAAACGUCACUGGUACCGGAACCUGUGAUUCGUCGCUCAACUUCUCCCUGAGUGUGUUCCCUGUGAUGUUCGGCCAUUUUGCUCAGCCUUGCCUUGAAGCCAACGUAGGAGCGAGCAUCUUCACGUUCACCAUUGAUCCAUUCUCAUCCAACACCACUGUUAAUAUGUCCAGUCUAUUUAAGCAGAGGUCAAAUCUGGAUGACCUUUCGUUGACCUUGGAGACGUGCAACGGCACCAAGGCUUGUACAGUCAUAAGCGGUCAAACCACAGUUCAGACGUGGCAGGCCAGGUUCUUCAGCUCGGUCGCCGGUGACAUUUACAUCAGGCAGAACGUCAGACAGACCCACGCCAGGGUACUCACAAACUUGGCAACGAUUGGUCAGGUCGGUGCUACGGCAACCAACAUCACCAUUUUGACAUCGCAGAGUUCUGCUAGAGACUGUAAGGCUCUUCUGGAUAGUCUGGAACCUUCAUCUCUCAUCCAGCUUGGGGAACUGAAAGUAGGCAGCCCUCUUACACCCGUCAAGUCUCGUUUGGACCUCGCUAGCUUCAGCUCCAACACCCGCUUCGCUCUCCUCAAACUGGGGUCUUCGAGUUAUAUGUGCACCGAGAUCAGAACAAUGGACAGGAAGGAGGUGAGCGCCCUGGUGAACAUGAGAGAGGUCAAGGGUUACUUCCUCUUCAGGCAGGACUCGCCGUUCGAAGUCACAAAACUGAGAGUGAAUCUGACCAAUCUGGGGAGCCGGGUCGGACCCUAUCACAUCCACCACUUCCCCACACCUCCUAUGAGGUCACCUCCGCAGACGACCUGCUCCAACGGCAACGUUGGAGGCCAUUGGAACCCGUUCGGGAUGGACACUAAAGAUCCCACCUACCCCUCUGGACCUGGGUCGACCCAUGACCGGUAUGAAGUAGGGGACCUCAGCGCCAGGCAUGGGUCACUAGAGGGUAAAUCUGUGAUGGAUGCAGUUUUCACAGAUUUCAACCUCCCUCUGUUCGGACAGAACAGCAUCGUGGGUCGGUCUGUGGUAAUCCACCGUCCGGAUGGAACUAGGUUCCUGUGCGCCUACAUAGGCUACCCAGGAGAGGUGCAUGUAGCCAGGGCUACAUUCCGUCACCCUGUGGUGGGUAUGAUCCAGUUCGUCCAACUCAAGAGCAACCCGUUGUCUGAUGUCACAGUCUUCAUGGAUCUGUCCUAUGGGAGACCCUCCGAGACCGCUACGCGUAACCACCACUGGCACAUCCACAUGUAUCCUAUCAGCUCGGAGACAGACGCGGACAAGGGGAGGUGUGGGACCACGGGGGACCACUGGAACCCCUUCAACGUGGACACAAGGGAUUUGAGCUACGCCCUCCACUGCGGUCCCUCCAGCCCCUUUUCCUGUGAGGUGGGAGACCUCUCCAGAAAGCACAGCACCCUCGACCUGGGGACCCGAGUGGGUCGGGCGUCGGCCAAACACUUCUUCACGGAUACCACUUCCUGGUUGUCACUUCCCGCCAGGUCGGGCUCCAUGAUUGGUCGAUCGGUGGUGAUUCACAGUGCGGAGGGCGCCGCCCCCAGGAUAGCCUGUGCUAACCUCACUGAGGUCCGGAUGCCCGCGGCGGUCUUGGGGCCCUGGCAUGGACCAGGGGCCUCCAGGGGCCAGAUCCGGUUCUCCCAGGCUUUCCCUCAGGGCCCAACCAUGAUGGACGUCUCCCUGGCUGGACUCAGCUCCAGGGCUGGGGGCUACCACGUCCACAUGCUGCCUAUCAGUGCCACAGGAGAGCCCUGCUCGGACAACAACGUCAUGGACCACUUCAACCCCUUCUCCUGGAACGUGUCUGCUUCUCCUGCUCCGGGGUCAGGGACUGUGGAUGAAUAUGAGACUGGGGACAUCAGCGGGAAGUUCGGGAUGCUGACGGAUCAGAACCAGACACAGACUCGGUAUUUGGACGGGAAUAUACCGAUGACAGGGCCGAACAGUAUAGUGGGGAGGUCAUUGGUGGUUCACUACACUAACGGAUCCAGGAUGCGGUGUGCUGACGUCUUAGCUGAGAAUGCAACAGAUGGACACUGGGUGUUUGCCAAGGCUGUCUUCAAAAGCACGGUGACAGGGACAGUCACACUGUCCCAGCAGACUUUUCUGGAUGGCAGCUACAGUGACAUCACUCUGGAGGUGGACGUGCGGUCAUCACAGGUGCUAGACGUAACAGAGGUUUCCUGGAUCAUCACUGGUAAAGGCUCUGAGGUGAACGACAACCAGUGUACCAGUGUUGGGGACACGUUUAACCCCUUCAACAUGGAAGCUGGGAACUCCACUUGUUCCCGUGACAACACUCUGAGUUGUGAGGUGGGAGACCUGACGAACAGACAGGGGACAGUCAGCCUGACACACAGGCAGCUGUACACCGACACCAGCAUACAACUGGCUGGGGACUACACAGUGGUCCACAGGUCCCUGGUCCUGAGGAGUGGCAGCGAUGUCUUCGCGUGUGCCGUCAUUCUUCCAGAAUCCCCCUGGGCAGAGCAGACCUUCCCCAACGUCAUGUCUUUCAGCAGAUAUGACUUCCGCAAUAGGGUGGCAGAGGUCCUAGAGGUGAACAUGUCCAGGGUCACCAUCCUUCCAGGGUCUCCUCUGGCCACAGUGGACGGACCAUGCCAGAAAGUCAGCUUCCUUGUCUCAGGGGAGGUGAGUACGGACAAGAUGAACUCUAUCAAAGACAGUGAGAAGAUGGGCAUCUUCAAGCAGACAGAAGGUUGCUCAAGAAGUUCUGGACAACUGCUGGAGCCUGGGAGAUAUCUGGUGAUGUUGACGAUAGCUGCAGCCUACUUCCUACACUCUCUGAUCCAGCAGUAGUUUAUACUGUAGAUCUAGGUUUCCAUCCCAAAUGGCACCCUAUUCCCCAUAUAGUGCACUACUUCUGACCAGAGACUUU